AUGAUGCAGAGCAUAGAAGUUGGAAGGAAUAUCUCAUCUCGCCUAACGGAGACAAGCUUCAGAAAAGGAAGAUUCAGACUACGUCUAGGUAAUGAUGGAGAUCUACGGCUUCUCACUCUCAACCCCGAGACGCUUUUAGACUCAGAUAUAUACUUUGCGUACUACGCAAGUAACACAAAGAAUCAAAACCCUGGGACUCAGUUAGUUUUCAACGAGUCAGGCUACAUGUAUGUUCUCCAAAGAAACAACUCAAGAUUCUAUCUCAAACAAGACCACGUUCCAGUAUCUUCUAAAGAUUUCUACCACCGUGCUGUUCUACAUUUCGACGGUGUUUUCGCUCAGUACUAUCAUCCCAAAGCUGGAGAUGGUGGGUGGCGAUGGGCUUGGUCUCAACCUGAGAAUAUAUGCGCUAAAGGUUUUGGACCUGAUCUUGUUGCUAACGAGGUUGGGAACUUGGCUUGUGGGUUUAAUAAUAUAUGUGUUUUAGGAGAUAACCAAAGGCCAAGAUGUGAAUGUCCUGAGAGGUUUGUGUUGAAUCAUCCUAGUAAUAGCUAUGGUGAUUGCAAGCCAGAUUUUGAGAUGCAGACUUGUGGACCAAAGAAUAAUCAAACCGAUGUAAACCUUUACGAGCUUGUAGCUGUGGAGAAGACUAAUUGGGCAUCUGGUGAUUACAAGAAGUACUCAAACUAUGAUGAAGAAAGAUGUAAAGCUUCUUGUCUUAACGACUGUUUCUGUGCUGCGGUUGUUUUCAACAACAUUUGUUGGAAAAAGAAGUUUCCCUUGUCUUAUGGUCACAGAUCUCCGACCGUUGGAAGUGAUUCUUUCAUCAAGAUUCGAAAACUCACAUCGGAUGGUUCCAAUACUGGAGGAAAAGGCAAAAGCCGUGACUGGUUGAUCAUCACUUGUUCUGUUCUGCUUGGAACUUCAGCUUUGGUUAACUUCAUAUUACUUUAUCUGAACAGAAAUAAGAAGAAGAUUACAAAGAAACCUAGCCAAGGAAGAUACAGUGGUGCUGCUACAGCUACUGACUUGAAUCUGAGAGUCUUUACAUACAGAGAGCUCGUCGUUGCUACAGGAGAUUUCGUGGAAGAGCUUGGAAGAGGAGCGUUCGGGAUAGUUUACAAAGGAGUUAUAAAAGUUUCAAAUGAUUCAGAAGUUACCGUGGCUGUCAAGAAACUAGACCGUGUGGCUCAAGAAACCGAGAAAGAGUUCAAGAACGAGGUCAAAGUGAUUGGUCAGAUCCACCACAGGAACCUAGUGAAGCUAAUCGGCUUCUGCGACGAAGGACAAAGCCGUUUGAUCGUCUACGAGUUCUUACCACAUGGGACGUUAGCUGGUUUUCUCUUCAAGCGUCCAAGACCUAGCUGGGAAGAUAGAAAGCGAAUCGCGGUGGAGAUUGCAAGAGGGAUCUUGUAUCUGCACGAAGAGUGCAGCGAACAGAUCAUACAUUGCGAUAUAAAACCUCAGAACAUUCUUCUAGAUGAGUAUUACAACCCUAGAAUCUCGGAUUUUGGUUUAGCCAAGCUUCUGAUGAUGAACCAAACGCAUACGCUCACGAACAUCCGCGGAACAAAAGGUUAUGUGGCGACAGAGUGGUUCAGGAACAGUCCCAUUACAUCCAAAGUAGAUGUCUAUAGCUAUGGAGUAAUGCUUUUGGAAAUCGUGUGCUGCAAGAAAGCUGUUGACCUAGAGGAUAAUGUGAUUCUUAUCGAUUGGGCGUAUGAUUGUUUCCGACAAGGGAGGUUGAAAGAUCUGAUCAAAGAUGAUUUAGAGGCAAUAGACAAUAUGGACUUGGUGGAGAGGUAUGUGAAAAUAGGGAUAUGGUGUAUUCAAGAAGAACCAGGGAAGAGACCUAACAUGAGAAAUGUAACACAGAUGCUUGAAGGUGUGGCUCAAGUUAAUGAUCCUCCAAACCCUUCUCCCUAUAGUACUGUCACAUGUGAUGAGUCUUGAGUGUAGUCUUCCAGUGUCAAGUGUUUGAUUUAUUUAUGCUGCUUAGUUAGACAUUUUGUAUCGAAUACUUUGUACUAUUAUUACGUUUAUUCAUGUUGCUUUGUUAGACACUUUGUAUCAACGACUUUUAUAUUUUGUAAUUAGACACUUCCA